AUGCACACAGAUGAUUCCUUCAAGAAACCCGGAUCCAUACCAUUCAAGUGGGAGAUCCGACCCGGUGUACCCAAGAUCCAACCCGAAAACCCAUCACUGGGCCCCGCUCGAUUUGAUUCUAGUGCCGAAAAUCGAAGGCCCAAGCUCUACCGGAAACAACUCAAACCUCCACCAGCCGGAUUCAACUUCCGGCCCCAUUUAGAGGCCCGGCCCAGCCCAACUCAAUCUCCCUUGGGCAAUGUAUCCCGUCGUUUGGGCCCGUUCGGCCGGGCCCAACCUGAUAUUGUGUCAUCAUCAGGGUGCUUCCCUGCAUCGCCUUUGGUGAAGCGGAAAAACAAGAAGGUGCAAGGCCCGGGCCCAAGAUCAAAGCCCGAGCCCGGAUACUGUUCGGAUCCUGAUAUCCCAUCUAGGUGGUCGGUUUCCAGUAGGAAAUCGACCACUACAGCUUCUCCAUUGUCUUCUUCAAUGGCUUCUUAUCAAUCGUCACCUCGGCCAGUUAGGGAUGUCGAUUGGGCGGGCUUCGGGCUAUUUUAG